AUGCAGCAUCAGAGUUCCGCGCUUGUAUUGCUAUUUUUCUUCUUCUUCUCGUGUAUCCCAAAAGUCCUCGCUGUAGAAUGGGAUGACUUCGCAGACAAUUUCGCGACCGACUUAGCGCCUUUGAUCACACUUUUCGGCGAACAGGUGACGCGACAAUUCUUGAGCGAGUCAUUAUCGAUAUGGGACAAUAUCAUCUCAAUGGCUCCUUUGGGCCUUCUCACCGCGGUGGUCUCGGUAAUUCGCGUUUGCGGUAGUGCUUCACUUCGAGCGUUUAUUGGAAGAGCACAGGAGAGCUCGGGUGUUGCGGAAAUCGAAGUUCUCUCUUGUACUUCAGCGACGACCGGUGAACUUUUCAAUGCCAGAGGCGGCAUAGCUAGGGUAUUCGGAAGUCCCCAGAUAUUGGAAGUCGUGGUUACCAAACCGAACGACCCCGACAAACCAGAGUUUGAAGUCACAACAUUGCAAAACGCAAAGAAGUCAUGGGUAAAGGUGGAACCGCGACGAGGUGGGAAUAAUCGACAGGAGAAGGCAGACACAAACGAGGAACGAGAAGCAUUACUCGAAAAUCUCGAAUGCCAGCCUAGUUACCGAAGCCCCAACCUCUCUCUUAAUGUCGGCAUCGCAAAAAUACCCCAGGGAAUCAUUUAUCUCGCGGCGGUAUUUGGUAUGGUCCUUCAGGCCGGAGUCUUGAUAUUUGCCAUUUUGACCACACACCCCAAGUUCGUUCAUCGGUUUACAGACCCAGAGGAAAGUGGGCCACGGCCAUCAUACGGAUUACCAUUCACAUUAGUUGGUACGAUACUGGUAUGUACCGGCAUGUUCUUUUGUGCAUACAUUAUUGAGCAAUGCACAGAAGAGAUAGAGUAUAAGCGGUCGAAAACCCAACCCAGCAAAGUCUACUGGGUGCAGCCGGGGGGUCAAAAAAUUGGCGAUCAAGUUUUCGAGUCCUUCAUUAGGGAGUCUGAUGAAUAUAAAAAUCUGCCGAGGUAUAUAAUUUCGACAAGAUCUCAAAAGAAGAGUAACCGCCCUAUUUUGCUAGGGAUAGCCUUAAUAUGCUCUUUGGUUGGUUUCGUCCUGCAAUUCGUCGGCUUGCGAGCGCUGCAUUCUAGUGUAAUAUUUGCACAACUUGGUGCCACUUUGUUAAUGUCAAUCAUUCGGGCGAUGUUGCGCAUGAAACGCUCGGAUGACGAAAGUAAUACAAUAUUUUCGAAGUCUUCCGGGGAGAAGAAAGACGAAGCGUCGGUGAAUACAGAGCCCGGAAUAGAACUCGAAACGAUAGGGUCGGGAACGACAAAACCCGAAAUGAUAGACCCCGAGAUGAUAGAGCCGUGGAAAGAAAACCCCGAAAUACUCCAUGGCCACGAGCUAGAUUUGCUUGCGAUGAAAGUUUGCAAGGUCGACAUGAUUUUUCUGGGUGCCGCAGAGGGCGCGAAAAUUAUAUUCGGUGUGAACUAA